GACGCGGCAGGCGGGCGAGCCCGCAGCGAGACGAAGCCGGCCCCGGUCUCAGCCGUGGCCCUGGCGGGCGGUGGGGACUCGACCCCGGGCGGCAGCGGCAUGUCGGGCCAGAGCGCGGUGAGCGACCCCCAGCACGCCGCGCGCCUGCUGCGGGCCCUCAGCUCCUUCCGCGAGGAGAGCCGCUUCUGCGACGCGCACCUGGUGCUGGAGGGCGAGGAGAUCCCGGUGCAGAAGAACAUCCUGGCGGCCGCCAGCCCCUACAUCAGAACAAAAUUGAACUAUAAUCCUCCAAAGGAUGAUGGAUCUACAUAUAAGAUUGAACUUGAAGGGAUAUCUGUCGAAAUCAUGAGAGAAAUACUGGAUUACAUCUUCAGUGGGCAGAUCAGGCUAAAUGAAGACACUAUUCAAGAUGUUCUGCAGGCAGCUGAUCUCCUGCUUCUUACAGAUCUUAAAACCCUCUGCUGUGAGUUUUUAGAAGGUUGUAUAGCUGCUGAGAACUGUAUUGGUAUUCGGGACUUUGCACUGCACUAUUGUUUGCGUCACGUUUAUUACCUUGCCUCGGAGUAUCUGGAAACUCACUUCCGAGAUGUCAGCAGCACAGAGGAGUUCCUGGAACUGAGUCCCCAAAAACUGAAAGAAGUGCUAUCCUUGGAAAAGCUGAAUGUUGGAAAUGAAAGAUAUGUAUUUGAAGCAGUAAUUAGAUGGAUCUCCCACGAUUCAGAAUUAAGAAAGGUUCACCUGAAGGAUGUCAUGUCAGCAGUGUGGGUUUCAGGAUUAGAUUCAACUUAUUUGCGUGAACAGAUGAUGAGUGAACCACUGGUACGGGAGAUUGUCAAAGAAUGUAACAACAUUCCACUCACUCCACCACAGCAGGGGGAAGCAAUGUUGGCUUCUUUCAAACCCAGAGGUUAUUCUGAGUGUAUAGUGACUGUUGGUGGUGAAGAAAGAGUGUCACGGAAACCAACAGCUGUGAUGCGAUGCAUGUGCCCUCUUUAUGAUCCUAAUAGGCAACUCUGGAUUGAACUUGCCCCUAUGAGUAUUCCAAGAAUCAACCAUGGAGUACUCUCAGCAGAAGGAUCUUUGUUUGUACUUGGAGGUCAAGAUGAAAAUAAGGAAACUCUGAGCUCUGGAGAAAAAUAUGAUCCUGAUACCAAUUCAUGGAGUUCCUUGCCACCAAUGAAUGAGGCACGACAUAAUUUUGGUUUGGUGGAGAUUGAUGGAAUUCUGUAUAUUCUGGGAGGUGAGGAUAGAGAAAGGGAGCUACGCUCUAUGGAGUGCUAUGACAUUUAUAACAAGACUUGGACCAAGCAGCCAGAUCUGACCAUGGUUAGAAAGAUUGGCUGCUAUGCAACUAUGAAGAAGAAAAUCUAUGCCAUGGGUGGAGGCUCCUAUGGAAAACUGUUUGAAUCUGUUGAAUGUUACGACCCUAGGACUCAGCAAUGGACAGCCAUCUGUCCACUAAAAGAGAGAAGAUUUGGGGCAGUGGCAUGUGGAGUUGCCUCAGAGCUUUACGUGUUUGGUGGAGUCAGAAGUCGUGAUGAUAAUCAGGCCAGUGAGAUGGUGACAUGCAAAUCUGAAUUUUAUCAUGAUGAGUUUAAAAGGUGGAUUUAUCUAAAUGAUCAGAACUUAUGCAUCCCAGCCAGUUCUUCCUUUGUGUAUGGAGCUGUACCUAUUGGGGCCAGUAUUUAUGUCAUUGGAGAUCUUGAUACAGGUACCAAUUAUGACUACGUUAGAGAGUUUAAAAGGAGCACAGGAACUUGGCACCAUACUAAACCAUUAUUCCCAUCAGACCUUCGCCGCACUGGCUGCGCAGCCCUGCGGAUUGCAAACUGCAAGCUUUUCCGACUGCAGCUUCAGCAAGGAUUGUUCCGUAUUCGUGUUCCUUCCCCAUGAGUAGUCCUCUUAAAAAUGGAGAAGAUGGGAAGAACCUGACACAAUCCACCAUAACAUAGCUUUAUAUAAUGAAAAACAAAGCUAUUGCAACUGAAACUUACAUUAUAUGCUGUGCUUUGGUAUGGUAUCUGUUUUUGUUUGUUUUAAAAUGCUUAAAAACUUGAGUUUCAGCUCUUGUUUGGGGGAUAAAUAGCUGUAUAUUAAACAAAAAAAAUACCAUGACAAAGGGAACACCUUCAGUCCUAACUAUCUAAAAAAUUAAACUACACUGAUGAAGGAGUUCCUUGUGUCUGAAGCAGGAAUGAAUGAGAAAUAUAACAAAUUGUAUUGAAAAGUAAAAAAAAAUUAAGGUGCAUUUCCCCUGAGGGGAAUUGAUAAGAGUUAGUUAGCAUGCUAUCUUCAACUGGAUAGCUUUAGUACAUAGAUACGCUGUAUGAAAACCAGCCUCUCUGGUAUACUGCAAGACUGUUCUUCAUCUGAAUCAGCUGGAGGGAGAUAUUGGUUAUUGCACCUUUAUUUCUAGCCCUUUCUCACUAGUCAAGGUCUGUGCCUACAAGGGUGGAGGUGUACAUAUGUUUUUCAUUCAUUUCCAAUAUUUUCAUUCCUAAGGAUCUUUUAAAUAUAUUUAAAAUUGAACUAAGAGUUACAAUAUAUUAUAGAUGUGUAAAUUGUUUUUCUACACUGUGUCAUUCAAAUGGUCUGAAGAUUCCGUGUGUUGGUGGGCCAGCAUGCGUUCUUUGUGUGGAUUUUGGAAGCUGCAAUUACUGAAAUAGAGGGAAGGACUGAGGCGUGGAAUAUGUCACACCUUUACUGUGGCUGGUAAAGGAAUGCAGCACGAGUUGCUUUUCAGAGAGAAAUAGGACUCCUUUUCCCUUCAGAUGACUUAAAAAUCACUGCAAGUUUGCCGUGCUGAGGACAUGUAUUUGUGCAAAAGGGGAGAAGGAAAGGUGGGGCAUUAAAAAGGAUAUAUAUGUAUUGUGGAAAACUUGAUUUCAGGUUCCUGUUUUAAAGGAAAUUGUACAGGUAACUUAUAUUGGGAUCAGAAGUUGGUUUACUAAUGAUCUCUGUGCUAAGGUACAGAGUCUUGAUUACUGCUGUUUGGCUUUGAAAGCUUGUUUUAGAAUGCAGUUGUAGUGAAGAAUUUGUUUUAUGGUUUUUCCUUUUAAGUCUUGUUAACACUGCGAGUAAUAUUUAAUUGAGUUAUGUUAGUAGGAAAAAUUUGCUGGUAGAACACACUUUACCUCAUUACUUAAUUUCAUUUUUGUUACUUGUGAUGGGUGACACACAACACUAGGGGGGGGAAAAAAAGAAAGAAAAAAAAAUGGAGCUGGAAAUGCAGUUGAAUCUUAUCCUUAUCUCCACCCUAAAGAUUCUUCUAAUACUUUGUAGUGUUGCUGGUACUGUUACAAGACACUGUUCUUUCCACUCUGAAACUUUGAAGGACCUCAACCAAAAAUCAGUGGGCCAGGUUUUGCCCUCAGUUAUACACGUAUAAAUCCAGAUUAACUCCUUUGAUCUAUCCUAAGUAAUCUUCUCAAAUAAAGACCACAACUAGAACAAAAUAGCUAGGGUUCAACUAUGUAAAUUUUCCUUAAUGAAACAUUCCAAGACUUACUAAUUUUCAUCAUCUUUCUGUAAUGGUAACAGAAUAAUCCAGUUAAAUCAAUAACUGCAGGUAGAAUUUAGCCCCUUGAUUUUUGUAAUGCUGAAGUGCUGCAGAAUCUGAACUGUAUACAGUAACCUAUUUUUAAUCAGUAUAUUUUUAAUAGUUUUUUACACAUUGUAGUAGAAAUUUACUUGACUUAGUAUUUGUCUUCAGAUUUGUUAUAUUAUGCUUUAUUACAAAAAUGUAAACUGCUGUUUCCAUCUUUAGACUUUGUGUUGAAAAAGUUUUGUAAAGAUUCCCAUUUUUUAUAAAUUAAAGGCUUAAGGUAAAAUGUCCAAAAUGACAUAAGUUCUGUUUUCAAAAGUGAUAUAGUUAUUUAGGAACCUAAGGCCCUGGUCUUCAUUUAAAAUUAGAUCAACCCAGCUACGUUGCAUAGUGGUGCUGUGAAAAAUUGUAUGCACGGUACAACAUAGUUAGGUUGGCCUAACCCCAGGUGUAGACGCAGCUAGGUCAACAGAAGAGCUUUCUGGUGACCUGCCUAGUGCCUCUCAGAGGUAGAUUAACUAUAUUCACUGAAAAACCCCUUCCAUUGAUAUGGGAAGCAUCCACACUACAGCAGCCAGAGCUAUACCACUAUAGCGGUUGUGUGAAGACAUGAUCUAAGUCUAAAGAGCCUAAGUACCCAAGUCACUUUGAAAAUGAAUUUUGGCUCCCAAGUAAUGUAGAUACUUUUGAAAACUUUAUCUAAUAUCUUGCAAGAAGUACCUCCUGAGAACUGAAGUUAGUGAGAGCUAAUGGCAUUCAUCGCCCAGCAAAACUGGGUAGUAAAUGCACAAAAUAAAUUUAAAUAAAUCCCAAGUUCUGUGUGCUCUGGCCAUGUUUUAUGGCAAAAGUUAAUAAGUAAAAUGUUAGUUUACAUUUAACGAGGUAAAGUAGGAUUAACAUUAGGGUUAUUUUUGCAUUUUCUAAAAAAGGAAAAUAAAAUAAUCGUCUUGUGCAGCUAAAAUACUUUGUUGGAUUUGACAGAGGAAUAUAAGCCACUUAUUCUGAAACACCUACAUACGUUUAACUUUAAACAUGUGAAUAGUUCUAUGAGCUACUGCAGGAUUGGGGCCUAAAUUCUUUGAAUCAAUAAUUGUACAUUUAAGCGUACAGCUAACUAACUUACUGUGUACACAGUGCAUGCGUUAAGGAAAAUAUCUAUCAUGCAUGCUUAGUAUGCAGUUUUUAAAUGGUCGUGUCUUGAAUCAAAAGUAUUUUUUGUAAAAUCAAAGACUUUGGUGAGAAUUGUUUGGAUCAAGUUUCAAACUUCAGCCAUUUUUGUUUUAGCCCAAUUUUUUUUUUUUUAAAUAGGAAUAGUGGUGGUUUGUGUUUCUUUCCCUUAGGUUGAACUUUACAAUAAAUAAAUAAAAAGAGGAUUUUGUUCACUUUACCCCAAAAAAUUUGCCUUAAGGUGGAGCCCCAGAAUUGAGAACUUCAGAAUAAAAUGUGAAUGUUUUGGCAAGUUAUUAAAAUAAAUCAAUAAAAAUAAAAAGGGGUUAAUGGUUCUGCAUUGUUAAUCAUAGUGGCACUGUCAUAUUCCUAUUUUAAGAGUGUAAGCCUGUGGCUUCUUUGCUAGAGGAGUAGAGGAAAAGUUCAAAACCAGAAAUGACUAGUACAAUGCAUGGUUUCUGGCAAAGGCUAAAGAAAGAUCCACCUGGCACAUUUACCUCCCCAGCCAACCAGCAUGGCAUCAGUGUAGUAACCAGUCUCUGGUCUUUUAAGCCUGGGAACCCAAGUCUGUUUCUACACAGUGUAUAAUCUCAUGGGAAAUUUAUGCUGCUGAACAUCCAAUGCUAGAUUGGAUUUCAAAUUCACAACCUCUUUGCUUGUUUAACCUUUAUAUAGCUCUAGUUAAGAGUCCUCUGCUUAACUAUAGCAAAACAGGUCAUUUCUCCUUUUAAUAUUUUACCAGCAACAGCACAUGAUUUAUCCUGACAGUGCCAUGUCAACUUGUCUUCAGUCAAGAGACUUGCAGUAGCCCUGAAGCUCUCUUUAAAACUAACAAGAAAAGAAAAUGAAUCUGGAAGUUAAUCCCAAUUUUUAAAAUCCUAUUUAUUAAUCACUGCAGACAAACUUGGUUCUGUGUGCCUGUGGAAUCAUAAUACUCAAAAGUAUGUUCAUACGCUGUCUUAUGAGUCGGAGUUAUCACUGAAAAUAUAAAAGGUGGACAUUCAUCAAAGCUACUGCAGCCCUAUACUUUACCUCUAUGCAUUGGGUUCCCCUUCCAAAAAAUCCCAGGCAGUUUAGUUUCCAUUAGAGAUGUUAGUAAUAUUUCAAAGGAGUUAAGUGGUAGUACUUUUUUUUAAUUUUAUUUUAUUAAUAUUUCUUGUGCUUGCAUGUCUUGGUAAUUGCACAAUGGUCAAAAGUGAAUUUUUAUGUUUUAAGUGCAGUUUCUCUAUUCAGUAGUUCCAUAAAUAUACAGUCUAUACAGAAUGAUUGUUUCUGGUAUUAUGUGUUUUCCAUACACGGUGUAGUAUGCAAUAACAAAAGGAAAGCUGUUAUAAGUGCCAAAUUUUUGGUUUUCUCUAUAUAUACAGGUAAUACACUAUUCUUCUGUUACAGGGAUAUUUAAAAUUCACUGUGUUUUAAAAAAAGUGAUUUUUUUUUUAAAUUAAUGCUACUUUUAAACACUGUAAAUCUCUUUAUUUUUAAUACUGUUCUGCAGGUUUGUGUUACUCUACAUUGCUGCCUUGAAACAUCACUCCAUGUGAUGCAUAUGGUCACUCUGCUCUUUAUUAGGGCACUAGUUACAUGCAUGUAAAUAAAAAAUGGCAGCUGACAAUAAUAAUAUUUGGAUAAAGUGCAAUUCAUUUUAACUAAUCUCGCCUGCAGAAGGAAGGUUGUGUCUCAGGUUAAGUCACAGCAAAUGUGAGUAUUAACAGGGACACAGACGUACUCAUAGGCUACAGUUCCUUCUAUUGUAACCAGUGUGUAUUCUUGUGCCACACUCAAUGACACUUUUCAAGAAGUUUUGUGGUGUUGCAUUUAAUUUAGGAUAAGGAUAUUUUCUGUUCUUGACAUAUUAAGCAUCUUGUCUGGGUUUCUCUUAAGUUUAUUUUGUUCCUGAGCUGUGUGUAUAAAUUCUGUCUCCUGGGUUCAUUAGAUAUAAAUUUAUUUUCACUUAGAAUGCACCGAUUCUCGGUUAAUUUGCAGGAUUUUGGUGCUGUUGAUGUUAUGGUGAUGUUGAACUGGUGGCAAGUGUUCAGCUCUAGACAGACAUUAGUACUGUAACUUCUUUAAUGUUUGCAAUCCUCUUGCUUAUUAGUGUGAUUAAAAGCUUUCUUUACCAGGUAGGGUCCAUGUUUCAGUAGCAUGCUACUGUACAUUAUAAUGGAAAAUAUACAUAUAUUUUGAGGCACAGUGUUUACUUUCAUAUGCCUAACAUCUGGGGUUGCCAAUUUUGGUAGGACAUAUUCCUGGAGGUCUCAUUGCAUGACAUAAUCUUUAAUUCCUAGAGACUUCUGGACAAUCCUGGAGGGUUGGCAACCAUACUUACAUCACUCAUCCAAUAAGAUUUAGGGCCUGAUUUUAUGAAGUGCUGAUUGCAUUCAGUGUUCAUUGACUUGAUAGCACUUGGCUCCUUGUUGGAUUUAGUCCAGAGGGAAUAAAUAAAUAAAUAGGCUUUACUUCAGAAUGCACAAGCAAGUGUUCUAAGGUGUGUUGGUAGGCUGGGCCUUUUGAAUACACAGUUUACCUACAAAACCUCAGUAGGGUGCAAUGUUAAAUUUAAAUCACUCUAGGAAGAACCACUUGUACUUUACUAAAUGCUGUAAUAACAUGGCAGCCCUACUGAUUUUGGCAAAAUGGCAGAUGACAUUUCUGUAACUUAAUAGUUGGACUAGUUACCAGUUUUUAAAUAAAAUUUAGAUUAAUAUAUGCUUUAAGACUAGUGAACACCUUUCCAAGUGCCUAAUUAAACAGACACAAAGCUUUCUCUGUUAGGUGAAACAGGGACUGUGGUAAUAAAUGCAUUAAAUCAUAAGGCAUUACCUACAGGUGAGGUACUUUACAUUUAUUUCAGUGAUUUGAAUCCCUUAAAUUUUCUUGGCAACCCUAAAAUAGGUAGCUUGUAUGCUAUUUAUAAAAAUUAAAUUAUCAUAAAUAUUUAAAGCUAAGGGGGAAAUUUAUCCAAUAAUAAUUGGAGGUCACCUGAAAGACCAUGUUGUAAUGCCUUAAAACUAAACUGGAAGGGCUGGAACUUUUCAACAUAAUAGCUUAAAUCUUGUUGCGUGGUGUCUUUUUUUUUUUUUUCUUUUUUUAUUAUUCAAUUCCAAGCAGGAUGAGCAUGUGAAUACCAUAUACAUCUGUCACAGAGUUGCUCAGACUGUAAAUUAAUUAUGAAAUCAGCUAGAUAUAGCCUUCUCGUUUAAUAAUGAAAUGAGACCGUAUUGAGACCUUUUUGGGAGAGGGACGCUUUCUUAUUACUAUCUCUAGAAGAAACUCUAACUUAUAGUGUUACUUCAGUGAUCAGUUAUGAAAAUGUAAAAAAUUUUUUAAAUUAUACAUAGUAAGUACUUCUAAAUCUGAUUUCCCUUCCCUCUCCAUAUCAAUGCUAAUGUUAAUGUAUUUUUUAAAGCUGUAUUUAAUUUAAAUCCAGUUUGGGGGCCUGAUUUUUAAACCAGGUCCCAGCUCUGUCUCUGUUCUUAUUGAUGUAAUCUUGUGCAUGCACGUGGACACCUGCAUUUAAUUAAUGGCAGGCUAAAAACCAUUUUUUUGCACAAAAUUGCACCUUUAAAAUCAAAGACCGUUGCUGAAAAUCUGGGUCUUAAUGUGCAAUAGGUAAUAGGCUACAACAUAUUUAUCACUGGCUGUUCCUGAGUUUCUCUCUCUUUAGUGAAUUCAUGUGUUUGAGAGCUCCAGCUCGGCAGCAUCUGUUUGAUUAAUUUAUUCAUGGAGCACAAUAGGAAAACAUAGAUUCUAGUUUAAAGGUAAGAACUAAGCUGUGUCGCUUAUUGCUUGUAUUAAUUAAGUUUAAAAAAAUGUAGCACUAUAGCAGAAAAAUUAAUUUCAUCCUUUCGUUAUUAGAAUAAGAACUAGUUAACUCUAAAUGCUUUGCAAACAAAUAAGACUUUGUUCCCCAAAACUUGGAACAAGAAAUUUACUAGCUUCCCUGAAGUUUGUAUAUUGACUAAGAGCCAGCAGGGGGGCACAGAAGGAUGUCUGGUACAGUAAUCAAGUUGUACUAAAGUAGCUUUCAUUAAAGCACUUGUUAAGGUUUCAGAUCGUUUUCAGUAGAAAUCAAGAGAUGCAAUCACAUGAACAAAUGCUUUCAGAAUUAGUGUUAAACUUUUUGGUUGGUGGCUGUAACACACACACAGAAUGAUUUGUGGAUGAUCUGCUGAAAUACAAUUCAUCCUUAUUUUGGCGCAAAAAAAGGUUAAUGUUCAGGCCCAUUUGAAUUUAAUUUUUUCCUUGAGGUUCCAAAACCUAGUAGUUUUUUCUCAUCAUACCUGGAGGUUGGUUUUUUUUUUAAUACUAGAGAAAUAUGUUUCUCAUUGAGACUGUAUAGUGUUAUGCAGAGUAAUGCAAUAUUGUAUUGAUACUUAAGUGCAUUUGAUUCAGAUCUUACACAGUACUAAUAGUGGGCUUUUAAAAUAUAGCAUUAAUAUUAAACAUGAGAGUGAGGAGGCAAAUAUCAAGCUCCAAGAGUCAGGGACAUGCGCUUAUAGCCUUGUGGCAGGCCAGAGCAAAGGGCCCAUAAAUUCUCACAUAAAUGCUGCCUUCUUUGCAGUUCCUGGCAUUGAAACCAUGGCUAGAAUGAUCCAGUGCUCCAGUGAUCCUCAGUUGCCAGAUUGGUCUCUAGGGGCCUGACCUAGUAGAAAACGGGCUGCAACUGGCUUCUUUUGUGACCCUCUCCUCAACUGCACCCAUCAGAUAUUCAGCACAGCUAGUAAUUUGGGCCUAGAGCUCACUUUCAGGUGUUAAUGACCAAUUGUUUAAUCAAGGGGCAGAGGAUUUGCAGACCUUGGUUGGAAAUCCAGAGGGGCAGCUUUCAAAACCUUAUGGAAUCAGAGGGUCACAGGUCUCUGGCCAUUCUUGUGGAGGGCCUUCUAUUUAACUACUUCCUACCCUCUCCAUUUUUCUCUUUGCUAGCACCAUGGCUCUAUUACCACUCCAGCCCAGUGCUAAUCCCUAAAUUUGAAUGGAGUAUGCCACAAACAACUCUACUUUUCUAUACACUGGCAUUUUGCCACUGGCUUUGUACUCUCUUCUAUGCUAUGCAUUGCAUUUAGCUGAAUAAUUCAGUUGUGCAUUUUCAGUUAAGACUUGCUUUCCAUCAAACAUGUAUGGGUUAUAGUUCACCUAAUACCUAUGAUCGGUCUAUGGAUAGAACAUGUGUAGCACGCUUCCACGUAUGUUUUAUUUGUAGCAGGAAGUAUUUGUCUUUUUCAUAAUUUGUCCUUUGAUUUUUUUUUUUUUUGAUUGGGGAUAAACUCUUAUACCCAGCUACCUCAGUGGUUUAUUUUAUUUUAUUUUUUGCACUUUGCCAAAUUGUGGAAUUUUUUUUAGCUUGCAUUCUAUCCUUUAACAAAAGGCUAGAUGCAAAUGGGAAGCAGGGUGGAAUAUUGCCAUUGUUCAAGGAUAGUUUACCCUAGUCUUCACUAGCAGGCAUAGGGGUUCUCCUGCAGCUGCUGCAAGACAAUUACUUGAAAGUAAAUAAACUUUUGUAGUUGUAAAUGUAAGAAGCAGGCAAAGGCAUAUGAUCUUAUGGCUUUAAAUAGGAAAGUACUUUAAAAUCUUUGCACUUGUAAGUGAACUAGACCAGUGAGGCAAGCUUCUGUCUAGUCCUACGGUAUGUUCUGCUCUGUGUGUGGACUUGAUUACAUCUCCUUCGAAGUAAUUGGAAAAACUCCUAUUGACUUCAUUGAUGUUGGAUCAGGCCCUUUAUGUUUGGAAUUCCCAACCUGCCCAUCUAGGAAGAGCAGAAUAUCUUCCAGAUUUGAGAACAUGAUUUUGCCACCUACUUUGGAACCUCAGGUAUCCAGCUUCCGUUCAGUUUGAAUAAAAAGGAACCAAUUCAUUCUUUCUUUCCUAAUGGUGCUGUUUUGACACACUUCUGAUUUCUUACACACUGUGUUUGACUUGUUAAAAUGCCACUAGUAAAUUGAUAACUGUUAGUGCUUUUUUCUGAGUAUUCAGUGCUUAUAUGCAAUUAUCUUGAAUUUUGUACAGCUCCUUAACUUGUAAGGGCCUUAAAGAUACAAAUGCAAAUUUUAAGAAAUAGCCUUCACAUCUUUUUUGUAAUAUCAAAAUAUGAAAUAUUUCACAAAGGAAGCUUCCCUCAAAAUAUUCAUCUUAAAUUGUUCAGAUAAAUUUAACUCAGUUAAACUAAAAUUGUAAUGACUGUGCAUGUUCCUGCAAAUGGUACAUCUGCUUUGCACUUGGGAGGUGUAUCCUGCAUCCUGCCUGUGGGGAGCAUUCCCAUCCAUGUGGCUCCCUGAUUUUUCAGGGUGCUGGGCCAGUCCCGGGUGCAACUUAGCCUACAAAGGGCCACUAUAUCAGCUAGGGACCACUGCACCCCAGUGGAGUUCUGGAUAUGGCCUCCCUCCACCCUCACAUAUUUUUCCCUCAGCCUUGCCACUUAUGUGGUGUGGUGCCAGCUUGAAGUGGUAUAGCUUUGUUUGCUUUGCACUCCCAGAGGAGCUCAAAACAGACUUAGUGGGUCUGAUGAGCAAGUCCCUUAAAUGCUGGCUAAGGGAUAAAAAGCUAUAUUUUAAUCCUGUUUUCUUUUAAUCAAGAUCAUUAGCUCAGUUUGGGGAAUUGGUAACUGACUAUUAUAAAAGGUUUUUGAUGCCAUGGAGAACAUAGAAGCUCUUACUCCUGCACCAGUUGGGGGAGGGGAAGAAUCAUGGGAUUAUAGCCAUUUAUGAGCCCAUGUCACUUCUCCAAACAUAAAAUGAGUUCAGCUGCCCCCAUGGCAAGCAUUACAAACUUAUUGAGAAUCCUCCAUGCUGGGAGCCCCUAAGUGUAGGGGGGAUGGGCAUUAUAUGCAUUGUUCACUUACCCCUUGGGGAAUUCACCAAUAAGUAACGGAACCUAAAGCAUCUCUAUUCUUCACCUUAGAACCUUCCUCUUGUUUUAGGAAAGCUGAAGGAGGGGGCACCAGAGCCAAACCUGCUGACAGGAUACAUCUGUGCUACAACUGGGAGGUGAGAUUCCCAGCUCAGGUGGACAUACACAAGCUAGCUCUGCUCAAGGUGGCAUGCUAUAAAGAGCAGUGUGACCAUGAUGGCUCUGGUUAGCUGCCCCUGUACAUACCCACGAUUUUAGACAGAGCUGUGUAUAUCUGCCCAAACUGGGAAUUACGUUUCCCUGCUGCAGUGUAGACAUGACCUCUGCAUGGAAGGCCAUUGCCUCCUGCAGCUCUCUGAAUGAUGGGUCCACAUUAUUUCCUACGUAGCAGGGCAAGAAAAAAUGGGAUAUACAAGUCCUGGGAUAUAAGAUGUAGGUGGCGUUACACGUUAUGACAUAAUGUUUGAAGUUUGAUGUGAUUUUACUUUGCUGUGUUACUAGCAGGACGUUAGGAAACCAUGAAAGUGUUUUGCUUCAGUUCUCCAAAUUUCAUUGCAAUUAACACCAUGUUUGUCUAAUGUCCAUUCUCUGAAAUCUUGUAAAACACAAUUUUUGCGUGGAUAUAAAAAUUCAAAAUGUUCAUAUUCUUCAUUGAGAAGGUUGAUAAUGUUCCAAACAAGAUCGCUUAAGCUCAAAAUAUUGACAUUAAAAAAGGCUAGAAUGUUUGCUCAAAAAAAGAUGUUUUGAGUGUAAAUGAGAAAUAGUAAAAUUUUACAGGCCUUUUAUGAAAAUGGAAUAUUCUUUGUGACAUUGCAACAAAAUACAAAUCUCAACAAUUUAAAACAUUUUUGUUCUGAACAAGACUAGGAUAAGUCUAGGGCUCCCUUUGGUUUGUGGGCCUGCAAGCAGUGGUUCUGUAAUUAAUUCAGCCCUGCUGUCUAACACCCUUGGCAGAGUAAUGAACUGUCCUCUUGUGCAGUAUUGCCAUGUUGGCAGAAGGUAUUGGAAAUUUGGGAGUGAAGGAUAUGGAAGUCUUACUACAAGAGAGUUUACCAAAUGUUGUAAUACAUAUUAGGAAGUAUUUGACAGCUAAAUUCUUUACAAACUUACAGAAAAAAAACUAUAGGGAUGUGUACAUUUUGUGGUUAAUUGUUUGAACACUUACUUUUCAUGAUUUUUUCUUUUGGAGUCUGGCUAUUUGAGAUUCUUCUAAUCAGACCUUCAAAAGAAAAGUCACUGUUUUCCUCCAUACUCUGUCUUCAGGAUUUGCCUUCUUUAAACCCGGUAUAUAUAAUAUCGUGGAUCUUGUUGGGUGGGGCUAAAGAAUAAAUAAUAACAAAAAAUUCAUGCUUUUUAUUUGGUCCAGUCUUAGGGCUGAAUCAUGUGCAGUCCCUGUUUGGCCCUUAAUAUAUAUUUUGCAGUGUAGUUGUAGCUGUGUUGGUCCUGGGAUAUUAGACACAAGUGGGUGAAGUAGUAUUUUUUACUGGACAAACUUCCAUUGCUGAAUGAGACAAGCUUUUGAGCUGCACAUAACUCUUCUUCAGGUGUCCUCCUUCAGGUGUUCUUCAGGUGGCCUAAAGAAGAGCUCUCUGUAGCUCAAAAGCUUGUCUUUUUUCAGCAACAGAAGUUAGUCCAUUAAAAGAUACUGCCUCACCCACUUUGUUUCCUUACUAUGUUUUAGCACUGGACAAUGCAAUAACAAUCUCAAUGGAGCAUUUAUAAUUGCAUUAGUCAUUCAGUGAAAGUAAUGUUAGAAAAAUCAGAAUGCUGACAUCCCCACAAUGUCUAGCCUUUGCAUGGUGCUACUCCUGCGGUAUCCUACAUCAAUAUCUGCUAUGAUAGCACUAUUUUAUGACGACUUUCCUGUAAAACUCUGUCUGGGUCAAGGAAAAUGUCUUGUCGCUUUCCCAUAGAAAGUCUUCAAGCAUAGUUCUCUAGAGACAUGCUCAUCUGGUCGGUUACAUAGUCUCAGUUUAGGAACAAGGUUAAUAUGUCACUGAAUUGUUCAUAGAUUGUCAUUCUAUAAACUUGCUGGUUGUUGAAGGUUUUAACUUGGAUUUUUUUUUUUUUUUUUUUAGUAAUUUAUGGAAACUGAUCUUUUAUUUCCAUCGUAUUCCCACUCCGAAUCUUCAUUAAUUGACUUUAAAUUGUAUAGUGUAAAUCACUCAGGGCCAAAUCGGGGAAUCGGGCUGGGGUUGAGUGUAUCUGCUUGAGAGAUGAGGGGCUGGAAGAGCCGUGACUCAUGAUAGUAGGAAUCCUCUUUAGCCUUACCCUGCCUCUUCCACAGGGGAAGGAGUGGAGGAUCUGUGCAACUGAGGAUCUGUGCAGUCACACAAGGAUCACCAUGGAGCUGAGCCUUUUGCAACACAGAGGUGCAUGUGGUCUGUGGCUCUUCCAAGCACAGUCCUCUUUCCCCUCCCACCAUACCCCUACCACAGCUCUAUUGCAUGAGAGGCCUGCCAUGGCCAUGGAAGUGGGGUUGGAUUUCUCACCUUAAUGUCUUCCCAGGUUGUUCUGUCUCCAUCUGCAAAAUGAGGGUGUUAAUGGUUUAAAGCUUUUUGAAGAUAAAACUUAUAUAAGUGCUAACUUUUUAAUAUCAGCAUGUUUUGGCUUUGAUUUUUUUUUUCUUAACCAUUCAAAUACUUGUCUCUUUAUACCAUGCUGACCUUAGAUUAGGAAAGCUUUUGAUGGACUGGUGCCCAAAAAUCUCACGUCCAAAUAAACUACAUCCACUGCUUCCUGCCAGAUUUUUCUCUGAGUUGUUAAGCAUUCUGACUCUUUAAAUAAUAUACUUCCCAGUGUGUCCUGCUAGGCAGUCUCUUAUUACUAUUGCCAAUAACUUCUUCCUUGUGAAGCAGAGCUUCUAGACAUGAAGCCAGAUCUGCCACCAGUUAGAGUGAGUGUCAUUCCAUUAACUUCAUAGCAUUUGUACUCCUUUAUGCCAGUGGUAUAUUGGGCCAUUGUAACUUGCUGGAUCCUUCCAGGUAUAUGUAGCUCUUGCAUGUAUCCCCAUGUCAUCCACUGGUGCCUCUGAUAUUUUCAGAAAUACUUGGUAGCUUGGUCUUUUGAAAAGAGCCUAAAGAAGUUAGAUACCAAAAACCCAGCCUAAAUCUGUUUAAUUUCUGCCACUCUUUUGGUUGUACCACUUGCAUCAGAAUUCAGAGAUGGACCCUGUGUGCACCGGAGUCUUGCUAGAGAUCCUGAGUUCUGUCGCUAUUUUGUUUUCCAGUAAAGUUGGUUUUGUCUUAUUGUGUUUCUAUCGCCUUUCACUCAUCCCUCUGUCAACGGAACUGAAAAUAGAAAACAUUUGCCUCUAACUGUACAUUCUACUGGUAAAUUAUCCUCUUCCAAUUACCACCUCUUGCCUGCAUUCACUUUUCACCUCUAUGUUAACCUCCAGGUGGACUUUUUGGUUUACUGAACAUAUUUUUACCUUACCCCAUGCCUCUUUCUUAAUCUCCAUUACUCUUUUUUGCCCUUUUAAAUUCAGGUUAGCCUUUGUUUACUUGUACAUAUCCCUCUGACCUGACAUAUCACACUGUGAAGUGUCUGAAAUCAACUCUGCUUGGAUGAAAUAAAAUGUCUUGUUGGUUUCACUUCAGUCCUAAACCCAAAUUCUUCUAUAGAACAAUGCAAUCAGAACAAAAUCAGAAAGUGUUUUGUUUUUGUUUACUGAAAAUGUUAGUGUCUAGAAAAUAUUUUUCUUCCUUAGAAGUAGCCAGUCCACAUUGUUAGCAGAUUAGAAGUUUCUUAUGCUUCCAUAUCCAAUAUUUUUAAUUGAGAAAUAUUAUUUUGGGAAAUGUACAUUUUUUGUACUUUGAUGUCAAAGUGGCCUUUAUAGGAAAAGCACAUAAAAUAUUUAGAUUAAAAUUCAUUAGCUAUGUAAUUUUAGUGGGGAUUUUUGUAUUGAUGGGGUUUUUAUGCAUUUUUCAAAAUAUACUUACUGUUUUGUGUUAGAAAUUAUUAGUAAUAUUUUUUAAAAUACAUCAUGAAAUUUUCCCAUGGUUCCUCCUUCCAUUCCAUUCAGUUACUACAAAGCCCUAGCUAACCCUGUACAUUAAUUCCCACCCCCGCACCCACACACACGUAUUUUCAUAGUGUCAGUAUAGUGAGUUAUAGAAUGGAGUUGUAGCUUUAAGGGAAUAAUCCUAGCAGUGUGGGCUGAAUUCGGGAAUACUUUAUCUUUUGAAAAGAGCAGUGUGCAGUAAUUCAGUCAUAUUUGACCAACUAAGUUACCAAAUUUAUAGUUGUUGUUGUUGUUGUAAUCUCUUUCCAUCCUAUAGUUUUUACAUUUGAGUGCUAAUUUCAUAAUACGUACUACUUGUGCAGUAUGCAAUUUUCCUUCAUGAGAUCAUUGUGGCAUUAAUGGUCACGAACCUGAAAAGUUCCAGAGUUCUUAUGGCAUCCCAGUUAAUGGGCUCUUAAUUAGAACCAGAUGAGAUGUAUUGAAAAAAUUAAAUAUUCAUGUAAUUGGAUUGGUUUAUAUAUUUUCCCUUAACUGAUGCACAAUAUUCUUUUAGCGUUAGUGGAAACUAUACAAUUUAAUUUCAACUUCAAUUACUUUAAACAAAAUUAGGCUAUUGGAGAACUAUUACAGGGAAAAAUAAAAAGACUGAUUUUGAAAACUGCAGGUAGAAAAUAUGAAUCGCACAACUAAUUUGCAUGAGCAAUUGCCUAUACAACAUAAGGUAUACAGUUUGCAAAAAUCAGAUAUCUUAUAUUUUGUCAUUACUCUGAUUUAGUUUAUCUUCUCAAAGAUGGUUAUGGUUAUGUUUGCUAUUUAGGGACUUCCAAGUGAAUGUUUGUCAACUCACACUUCAGUUUUCAUUAUAGUUAUAUAUAUUUUCUGAUUUGUUGGCGUGUUUUGCUUAAUAAGAGAUUCCGCAUCUUUCAUAGGUUAGCAGAAGUCCAAGCUCCUAGGAAUAAUUAUUAACAAACAUUAUUCAUGCUAACAUGUAUUCUUUUUUUUUUCAACGUGCAAUGUUUAAUGGUACUUUGUGACCUGCUGAAAAAAUGGGUUUUGCAAUGGAACAAAUUGUAUUAACAGUUAAAAGAGGACUGUGUGUACUUGAAUGUCUUUCAAGUGUUGAAAUUGGUAAUUUUUCAAGCUGUACCCUCAAAUAAUUUUGUGGGGAUGUAAUUUCAGAGCUUUAUAAUACGCUAUUAGGAAUAAUAUGUUGCUGAAUUUACUUUGUCAUAAAAUCUCCCAACAAACUCUCUGAUCCACCUCCAUCAGUUUAUUUUCAUGGCGUAAUCCUGCAUAACUUUGCAGUUACGAUGUGGAGCAAUUACUUGAUUCUUAUCAGUAACCUUUCUUGCAGAAUUGUUCUUUGGUUUACAUGUUUUAAUGAUGCAAAAAGGGAUACAAAAACUUUCCUGGAUUAAGUAGCACUUACUUUGUUUACAUGUUCAGUAUAAUGUUGAGUAACUGAGGGGAAGUUCCCAUUUAAAAGCACAUGAAUUGUGCUCCGGGGACUUAGUUGCCAAUGUGCAAAUUGUGCUGUAAUAUUUUACCAAGGAUCAGUGAAAGUGUUUUAUCUUUUUUUAAUGUAGUUUGUAUUGACCGGGUUUUAUAAAUGUCAGAAAACAGAGUGUUGUAUUUUGAUCUGAAAUUUGUGUAUGGUAAAGUCACCUUUGCUUUAUGUAUUGGAGGUCCGUUCAAAACUUGAAAUAUUUUUUAGAAGGGUACAGACCAAAAGUAAUUGUCUUAAAGGUGUUUAAUAAACUAACCAAAUAAAACAUUAAUAGUUUGAA